ACGCUGCGGUAGGCAUCUUGAAUGAUCUAGUGUAGGCGGUGCACAGUGUUGUAGCCUAUGAGCGACAGUGAGGACACCGGAGAGGACGACCGCAGGAUCUUGCGAUCAGCUAGAGGCCCGAUAUCUGACGUGUCCCUAGGACCGGGGGGUGAUAGGAAACUGUUCCACCGGCAGCGGGAGAGGCAGCAGCAAAGGAGAGCUAGAGCAGUCGAGGCCAGCAGGGCAUUAGCUAGCGAGGCCGGUGCUACAGCAGCCAUGGCUACCACAGCCAUGAGCACGUCUGCACAACAGACUUCCCCAGCCGGUAGUUCAGGUACCGCCGGGUCUACGGUCGCGCAGACCGUGAGUCAGUCCACUGGCUUAAUGGCAAGCCAGCCUGCGGUGUUGACCCCAGAGGAUGUCGCCAUCCAGCAGGCAGCCCUGCAAGAGGCACAGCUACAGCAGGCCUUAGGACAGAUAAAACGAGAGAAGGAAAUGAUGAUUAGAAGAAAAACCAGGUUGCAACGAAGAGCGACAGACAUAGAGGAGUUAGAGACAAUGGACCUGACGCAUAUGGAUGAUGAUGUGAAGGUAGUUAGGAGGGCCCUGCUAGGCGUAAUUGAGAUGCAGGAGCAUCAAACUACCAUCCUUCAGGACAUUCAACAAAGCCUAGCCGUGUUGGCAGGCCGUGCUCAGGCAGCACCAUCACCAGCCGGGCCUGGUGCCUGGCCCGUGCCAUAUCCUCCUUUUUCUAUCCCACCGGUGACAGGGGUAUCCCCAUAUAUAGCCCCUUCAACGGUUGCAAUAGUUUCCCUGGGCAUGCCGCUAUCAGGAGGGGUAACAGCAGGGAGUAGUUUACAGGUUCCUGUACAGACAGUGUUUACUCCAAGUCCGUCACAGGGUGCAGUCACCACGCAGCCUGCUGUCUCGCAGCCUGUGCAGCCUCAGGGCACACAGCCCCAGCAGCUAGCACAGCAACCUGUUUCACCAGGUCCACAGCCUGGAUUGAUGCAGGGACCGGGACAAACACAGUGGGUUCCAAAGACGGCCAUCGCCGCUCCUAAACCUUUUACAGGAGACAAGAGAGGCGAGGACCUCGACACAUGGUUGAGGGCAGUGCCGGUCUACGUCAGGUGCAAACUCACCUUGCCUCACGAAGAAGUGCUUGUGGCUGCCUCCUACCUCGAGGGUAGUGCAGCGAGAUGGUUGAGCGGUCUAGUUCAACUUGAGGGAUAUGGUCAUGACUUCCGCGCUUGGGCAGCCUCCCAGAAACUAGAGGACUUCCUGAAGAUGGUGGAAGAAAGGUGGCAUGAUCCUCAGGAGGCUCAAAGGGCCACUGACGCGAUCCUGACACUGCACACGCGGCAGUUUAAGUCAGUAAGGGAGGCCACCGACGCUGUAGAGCGUUUGAUCUGUGUCCCUGGGCUACGCUAUGAUCCUCAGGUCCUGUUGACUUCGUACCUGAGAUGUUUUUCACAGCCUCUCAGGAACCAGUUGGCAAAAGAGGCCAACAUCAAUAUGCACAACUUCCCUUCGUUUAGCAAGGUGGCCCUAGACCUGGAAGCAAAGAUAGGGCAUGGACAGGCACCCACUACGGAAGGGAGAAAGAAGACACUGCCUCCCAACUGGAAGGCGAAAGGUCGCAUCAUGUUUGUCGACAACGAUGGAUCAACCAUCCAGUUGGAUGACAACUUCCAGGAGGGAGUAGGUGCAGAGGCGGGUGGCGAAACUUCAGACGGUGGAGUAGUCGCCGCCGUAACCCAGCAAAAAGGUAAAGGGACCGGUAGACGCCCUAGGGGAUCCCGGUCGAAGAGUCAAACAGACCCCAAUGCUCCUCCAUGGGAGAAAGCGGGUCUAGCUGAGGACGUGUGGAGAGAUCGGUGGGCACGGCAAGCUUGUAUCAAGUGUGGCCAAUAUGGUCAUAGCAUGUACAAGUGCCGCAACGGGAAGGUCACCGAGAAGAUCCCACCCACUAUGGGGCCGGCGGAUGGGCCAAAGUUGAGGCCAGUAGAGUACAUGUCCAAGAAAAUGUCGUCUCGGAAGUUGGCGAAGUCCACUUAUGAGAAGGAACUCUAUGCGGUGUACAAGGCUCUAACCCAUUGGAGACACUACCUCCUUGGGCGGUUCUUCAUCCUCCGGACUGAUCAUCAGACCCUGAGAUGGAUGAGAACACAGCCGGUACUCUCUGACGCUCUYAAGCRUUGGAUCGAAGUCAUUGASCRAUAYGACUUUGAYCCUCGGUAUCUCAAAGGGGAGUACAACAAGGUUGCUGAUGCCUUGUCGCGCAGACCGGACUUCUCAGGUGCGCUGAUUACUGAGUUCGAUCUGACGGACGAUGUGACUCAGUCUUUGGUGGAAGCCUAUCGUCAGGACCAGUUUAUGUCUGAGAUUAUACGCAGACUUGAGGCGAAGGAUAAGAAGACCUUCGCUGAGUUUGAGUUGGUCAAUGGCUUGUUGUUCCUAGAGAAGGCAGGGAAUAAACGCUUGUGUGUUCCAAAUAGCGAGUCUUUGCGUAGUUUGUUUUUAGGCGAGUGUCAUGAUGCCACCGGCCAUUUUGGAUAUAAGAAGACCGCAGCCAACUUGCUGCAACGGUUCUGGUGGCACACGAUGAUGAAAGAUGCACAGCUGUACGUGGAAACUUGUCAAGUUUGCCAAAGAGACAAGCCCCGUACUCAGGCUCCUCUUAGGCUGCUCAAGCCCCUUCCGAUUGCGGAAAGGCCGGGUGAAAGUUUGUCUAUGGAUUUCAUGGAUAUGCUGGUCACCAGCAAGAGUGGGAUGAGACAGAUCUUUGUCAUCGUGGAUAGGCUUAGUAAGUUUGCUAGAGUAUUAGUUAUGCCAGAAACAGCGAAGACCGAGUAUGUGAUCAGGCUAUUUAAAGAGAACUGGGUUAGAGACUUUGGACUGCCGAAGUCUAUAGUCAUUGACAGGGACGUCAGGUUCACGAGUGAAUUGUGGAAGGCCGCUGCAACUGAACAAGGAACUCAACUGCAGAUGACCUCUGGAAAUCAUCCAGAAGCUAAUGGCCAGGCUGAACAAAUGAACCGCGCUGUGCAACACCUGUUGAGGCACUACAUCAAGCCCAACCAAGUAAACUGGGACGAAAAGCUUGCUCUAGUCGCCAGUCUAUAUAACAACGUUGUACACAGUGCUACCGGGGUGAGUCCUAACAGUCCACAACUGACCUUCAAGCCUAGACUGCCCUUAGACUUCCUACUUCCCGACAACCAACUAACUGCUACACCGGGCACUUUGGAGUUUGCCUAUAGAUAUGAACAGAAGAUGCAGGAGGCUGUAGAAAACAUGCAGAAGGCGCAGGCAGCAAUGAUAGAGUCUGAGAAUAGACACUGCCGCCCUUCUACAUUUCAGGUUGGGGACAAAGUCUGGGUUAAGUCUUCAGAACUGGGACAGGAGUUCGGGAUAUCCCGCAAACUCAUGCCUCAGUACUUUGGACCUUGGGAAGUUCUAGAUGUAGUAGGGACAGAUCCYGAUGGUCCAUCMUAUGKCAUCYGUAUCCCUGGUCAUCUCAGAACUCACCCUGUCUUUCACGCCUCUAAGCUCGCUGCGUUCAAGGAAACUGAUCAGUUUCCCUCCCGUCGGUCAAUGCUGCCCCCAACCAUGGACGGAGAAGUCGACAUCGAUGAUAUCGUUGACCACAGGGAGAUGCCCGUUCAGAAGCCUCCAGGAAGGGGACGUCCUCGAAAGUUGCCCGCUAUGAGAGAGAUGUAUUGAAAGGAAAGCGCCAGAUGGCGGCAGAUUGAUCUUCUCAGAGGACUAACGAAGAUAUGGAGGAGGGAAUGCGAGGCUACGCCCGCUUAGCCC